GAAUAGCCUAAAAUAAAAAAGUAUUUGCUCUACCAUAAAAAACCAAAUACAAUAUAAUGCUAAUUUGUUAAACAAUCAGGAAUAACCCCAUUGGUUGUUUUUAGAAUCAUUUACAUAUUGCGGUCUAUAAGUAAGCCCGGAAACAUCUAGGCAGCCUCUCUUCGCUUUUCCCCGUCAAGGCCCAGAUAUUUUGAAAAUAUAUGGUAAGUACUUUUAUUUUUUUAUGUUAUAAUAGCAUAUAGUUAGUUAAUGCUGCUUGAUGUGUGUGUGUGUGUGCGUGUUAAAUAACCUCUAUGCAUCUGUGUUUUUCUAUUAUGUAAUUAUUUAGAAGCUUUAAUGAAGUAUCGUUCUAAGUACAAAUAAUGUGGUGUACAUUUUUUUACUAUAAGUGUAUUUAGCUAUAUUUCUUAAAAAUCAAAUAUGUUCUUUCAGGUGUAAGUAUCCAGAAUAACGUACUCACUUGUUUUAAAAAGGUGGUGCACCCCUCCGGCGGCCUGCAUGGUCUCAGCUCAGCGCAGAUCUGUUCAACAAGUCAUCUCAACACAGACGGUGUUUUUGACAAUUCAAACCUACCAGAGCAAUUGAAGGGGAGGACCCCGUUAUCAAAAGGACAAACGCUGUUUGUUAAGGUCUGCUUUAAGGCCACACCAUCUGAAUAAGCUACACGUAGAUCACAUGUAAAACUGUUAUUGAUGUAUCCGCCAGGUAUGUUGACUUUACGUCCAUGAAUGUUUCUUCAGCGGUGCCACUGAUUUUUUUGUUUUUAUGUUUUUUGCGGGGGUGAUUUCUUAAAAACGGUCAAGCAUGGAUGAUUUUAAAGACGACGAAAAGUCCUUCAUCGAGGGUUUACCUGAUGUAAAUGAACUAUGCAGUGGUGAGGGCUUUGUGUACGAAGACAUGUCAUUUCCACAGUGGUCAGACAGUAACAGUGAGCUAAAUGACACAAUAACAGAUGUACGCGAGCCUACGCCCUUGACAGAAACAAGCCCCUAUACAGAUGGAGAAAGGUCCUUUCUGCAUGUAUUACCGGAUGUAAACGAAUUGUGCAGUGAUGAUGAUGAUGAAUUCAGAUAUAGGGACCUGUCAUUUCCGCAGUGUUCAGGCAGCAACAGUGAGUUAAAUGACGCAGGCUCAGCUGUAAACGAGCCUGCGGCCUUGUCAGAAACAAAUUCAAGCAGUCCAACAAAAACAUUAGACGGUGCCUUGGAUUGGGUGAUAGACUGCUAUGCAGACCGAGGGCUUUUAGAGCAGCCUCUAGACAAUGCCCGCCGUCUGGAUGGACAAAAUAGCGAAGCUUCGCCCCACGCCUGCCUCCCCGUUUCCAGCAUGCAAGAUGACGGGUGUGUUAAUGACAGCUCGAAUGACUCAGAAUCACCCGCUUGCUCCAUGCAAAGUAACAGACAUGUUGAUCAGAAUGACACCCCGAAUGCUUCGGAAUCACCGGGCCCCCUGUCACAGUAUGGAGGAGGAGGCACUAGCAGAGAUGCCGAGCCAAGUGUUAUCUCUCGACCUGUAUUCGGUAACAUAGAAAUGAGACAGUCUCUAGUCCUACCGCCUAUUGGGGGUGAAGCAGACUUUGGAGUCUAUUUUCAGGGUCUGAUGAACAAUGUGCAUAACAUGCGUGCACAUGCUUUUGCACGGGCAGAAAGAGAAGAUAUCAUACAAAUUGAGUUACGUGGUGAAGAACUAAGGGUUAACGUAUCAGCCAUUUUAAAUGGUCCCGAUGAUAAUCUGGAUGAUUUUGAGGAGGGGCUGUUCAAAGCCAUGUAAUCGAAUAUCAUGGUAAUGGCAGAAGGCAACAUGGAGCUCGUGGUUCAAAUUGUUCAGGCCCCCCGUGGGGGGGUUCAGGGUAAACGGAUGAUUAGUAAAAUGUUAGACAGUGAGAUUGUUAAAAAGAAGGCGCGUUUUCUUUACGUUGUUCAGAACUCCUCCAACCAGCUGUGUUUUGCUAUUAAUUUAGCACUGUUGUUACACGAUAACCUCACUGAUAAUGAGGGGGUCAAGCGCGGUAAAGAGAUCCAGAAUAUGGCGGGUUUGACAGCUCAUACAGCUGUGACAUUCAGCGACAUUGAUAAAUUCGAAGACAGCUUAAACUGUAAGAUAGUGGUUUUUUACCGAAACGGUGACGACCGAACCCUUUGUACAUUUCAGACAGACGCCCCCACACGAGACAAAACUGUGUUUUUGUUCCUCCUACACAACCACUACUAUGGUGUUAAGAACUUGAAGGGGUUUUUAGGCUCUCCGUAUGUCUGUGAACAUUGCUAUACAGGGUACAGUUCUCAAUGGAGUCACUCCUGUACUGGGCAUUGCUAUGUCUGCCUUGACCCCGCAUGCACCCGGGAAGAGUUUAAACCCAUCUUUUGUAAAGACUGCAACAAAACAUGCCGUACAGUCGGCUGUCAUUCUCGACAUAAAGAGCAGAAACAGAGAUCAACAGACAUUGCCAGUAACUGUGAUUUACACAAAAAGUGUGCAGAUUGCCAACUUUCUUACUACACCCCCAAGAGUAAAGCAGAUAAAACACACAAGUGUGUGACGAAAAAAUGUAAGACAUGCAAGGAAAAAUUACCAUCUACUUCUACGCUUGGGUGUGAAAAACAUUUGUGUUACAUAGGAGUGCAGCCUAAAGAGACAGAACACAAUGACAACAUUGUGUUUUAUGAUUUUGAAACAAUGGCGGGGGCAGAUGGGGUACAUAUACCUUUCUUGGUUUGUACAAAAACCUUGGGGGGUGAAAUUUGGGUCGGCGAAGGAAUCGACUGUGCACGGCAGUUUCUGGCACACUUUAGGAGCCCAAAGUUCAAGAAUGCAACAUUCAUCGCGCACAAUGCUAAGGGUUUUGACAGCUAUUUCAUUAUCAACGCAAUGGUUGCACAGGGGCUAAAGCCCCCGUUAACAAUGCAGGGAAGUAAAGUGAUCUCUUUUACUGACGAGGAUUUCGGUCACAGGUACAUAGACUCACUGUCUUAUCUGUCUAUGCGUUUAGCAGACAUGCCAAAAGCUUUGGGGUUUGGAGAUAAAAUCAAGGGGUACUUCCCUCACGGUUUCAGCUCCGAGGCUAACCUGAGUUAUAUAGGCCCUUAUCCACCCGCACGCUGUUAUGGGGUUGAACGCAUGACAACUGGUGAAAAGAGUGACUUUCUCACAUGGUAUGAGACGGUACGCCGGGGCAUUUUUGACUUUAGAGAGCAGGCAUUGCUUUACUGCAAAAACGAUGUGGACAUUCUUGCCCAGGGGGCCGCAUUAUUUCGGAAAGGUUUUCUCGGGGAGACAGGAGUUGAUCCUUUUAGUCGUGCGACUAUAGCUUCUGCCUGUAUGAAAGUUUUUACCACAAACUUUCUAACGCCCAAAACAUUGGCAAUCCCCCCACCCGACGACUACCGCCGUGAAAACAAGACGUACUCAGACGCAGGUAUUCAGUGGCUGGAGUGGGUAGCUCAGACUGCAGGUGUUUUUAUUCAACAUGCGUUGAAUGAAGGAGAGCAACGAGUGGGACGUUUCGUCGUAGACGGGUUUGCCGAAGUUACCGGGGAAAAGAUUGUCUGGGAAUUUCUCGGUUGUUUCUAUCACGGAUGCCCCUCUUGCUAUAAGGGGCAUGAGAAAAAUCCCUUGAUAGGUCACACAUUUGAGCAUCUCCAUGCUGUUAGCGAGGCAAAACUGCAUGAGCUAGAGGCUGUCCAUGGGGCCAAAGUGAACGUUAUGCGUGAGCAUACAUGGGUUGAGAUGAAAAAAUCCAAUCAAGAUUUGAAGGCUUUCCUCAAGGUAUACAAUGCACCAGAACCGCUGACCCCCCGCGAUGCUUUAUACGGGGGAAGGACAUGUGCAGUAAAGUUGAGGCACACAGCCGCGGUAGAUGAAUCGGUUCAUUACUGCGAUUUCACCUCACUCUAUCCUUUUGUAAACUGCACAGGCCUAUAUCCACUUGGACACCCUCAGAUCAUAUUCCGAGAUUUCAAAGACCCUCGCAGUUAUUUCGGGUUAAUCAAAGCCACAGUAGAACCUCCUAGAGGUCUGUACUUUCCUGUCCUGCCCUACCGAACUGCAGCUGGUAAACUGGUGUUCACUCUAUGCCGCACAUGCGCAGAGCUUAACAACCAACAGGGGGCCUGCUUGCAUAGCAAAGAGGAAAGAGCGUUAACAGGGGUUUGGGUGACCCCGGAAUUCACCAAAGCCCUGGAUAUGGGUUACAAGAUGACUCAGAUCACAGAGGUGUGGCAUUUUGAGAAGAAAAGUGACAGCAUUUUUGUAGACUAUAUACACACCUUUUUGAAGGGUAAACAAGAAGCAUCAGGUUACCCUUCAGAGGCCUCAGAUGAUGAGAGCAGACAAAAGUAUGUGGCAGACUAUCAUGCUAAGCAGGGCAUCUUGCUGGAUGCAGAUAAAAUCAAAUCAAACCCCGUCAAAAGACAAGUGGCAAAACUAUGUCUCAACAGUUUCUGGGGUAAAUUUGCCCAGAGAAGCAAUCUGACUCAGACUAAGAUUGUGACCAAAGCCGAAGAAUUUCUUAACCUCUUGUUUUCAGCUAAACAUAAGGUUACGUAUUUCUCAUUCCUCAACCCCCGAACGGCUCUAGUUCAGUGGUGCUACGGGGAAAAUUGUUACUCUACUCCCAACAAGGUGGAUAACAUAUUCAUCGCCGCCUUUACCACAGCGUAUGCCAGGCUGAAACUGUACAGUGAAUUGGAGAAAUUACAGCGCAGAGUAUUCUACUACGACACAGAUAGCAUAAUCUAUGUGACAAGACAAGGAGAGAGCCCCCUACCUAUGGGUGUGUAUCUGGGGGACCUGACAGACGAGCUGGGGGGCGAUACGAUUAAAGAGUUUGUUUCAGCAGGCCCUAAAAGUUAUGCUUAUCAGACCAAAAAUCAAAAAAAAGUUGUGAUGCGCGUGAAAGGCAUCACACAAACGCACGAAUGUUGCAAACGAGUGAACUUUGACAGUCUGGCCGACCUGGUGGAGGGCUACGUUCAAAACUCUGAGAGGGGGAGGGUAAUUGAGGUCCCUCAGCACAGCAUUGUAAGGAAUAAAGAGGUUUUCGCUUUGAGAAAUGUGUCAUUCACCAAAAAGUUCCGAGUUGUGUUUGACAAGAGACGUUUGUUAGCCUGGGGAAAUACUUUGCCUUUUGGGUAUUGAGAAAAUAAUUGACGACAUGUUUUCACCAAGUCAAAUUGAUUUUGACCCCCGACUGCGUGUUCCUUUUUCCUGUCUAGUAGUGGGCCCUAGUGGUUGUGGAAAAACUUUUUUUGUCAAGAAUGUAUUGCAAAAUUGUAUUCACGUAAUGGAUGUACAGCCUCAAAAUAUUGUGUGGAUUUAUACUUCUUUCCAGCCCAUGUAUGCUGAACUGCAGGAAAAGAAUACAAAUAUAAAAUUCGUCAAGGGUCUGCCUGAAUCAUUUGAAGAUGAAUCGCUAUUUCCUCCUGACCAAAGUCAUCUGAUUAUAUUAGACGAUGUUAUAUUUCAGGCCUCUGAGCAUCCGGAAGUAGUCAGACUGUUCACCCAAUACCGUCAUCAUAGAAAUAUGAGUGUUAUCAUGCUUACCCAAAAUGUUUUUCACCAAGGAAAAAACAGUCGCACAAUUAGUUUGAAUACUAAUUACAUGGUCUUGUUUAAAAACCCCAGAGACAGAUUACAAAUGAACAUACUUGCUCAACAAAUACACCCUGGUAAUAAAUCAUUUUUCCUACAAAGUUUUGAAGACGCCACCACGGAACCUCACGGUUACUUAAUCGUAGACAUGACCCCCACCUGUCCAGACAUCUACAGGCUUAGAUCGGGAGCACUACCUAAUCAAUGGCUAGUUGUUUAUGUACCAAAAACGAAGACUAGAGAAAAAACAGUAUGUCGGCCCGUUUAAAAAGAAACAUGCCUCUGUUGAGGGCCUUAUGUCAAGCCCCGCCUUCAAAGCGCAAGGAUAUUCUCGAGAACUGCUCCACGGAUUUUCUUCAAUCACUCUGUGAACUGUCUCUAAAUCUUUUAAAAGGUAACAUCCCCCUGUCAGGCAUUCAGUAUAAGAAGCUUAAGAAGCAAAAUACAUUUUUCAAACUCUUGGCCAAUAAAAAGACCAACUUAAAAACUAAAUUCAAGGCCUUAAGAAAGCAAUCUGGAGGUUUCCUACUCCCGCUACUCGGCGCGUUGAUCCCCAUUUUAGGCCAACUUUUAGGAGGGCUAGCUCGACCAUGAGUCAAAAGAUGUUUCUGCUAACACCUCACCAGUUUAAUCAGCUCAAUCAGAAUGGUGUAACUAACCCUCACAGUAAGGAAACAAUUAGACGCACUGCAGAAGAUGUUCUGGAUGAAAAAAUGAGAGCCACCUUAAACGAACCAGGAUUACCCCCUUAUGAAAAAAUCAUAAAAUACAACACCUUGUUACAAAGAUAUCUCACCCUACUCAAACAAGACGGGCUUGAGGAGAGACAUAUUACUCUGACUCUACCUGAAGACACGGGGGUGGUAAAAGGAGAAGAAAAUGAUGGCACGUCCGAUGAUAAAAUAAAAAACGAUGUUCUACUGCACCUCCCUAAGCGUUACCACAAGAAUGCCGAGUACAUUAUGAGGAAAUUAACCACGAGUACAGCUGGAUGGACACCAGUGGGGGAAUUUAUAGACAAGGGGAUUGCCGUUAAAGGCUCCCACGUUUUAGAUUUAUUUAAACAUUUAUCCUGCGCGUAUAAAACAAAUGUCCAGGAGCCUAAAGGCUGGCGGGGUUUUUUAAAUAGUCUGAGUGAGAUCAACAUUCCCUUAACAGCUUUUCAAAACCUUCACGCUCGUGAACAAUAUCGCAUAAUCAAAGAGGGUAAACUAAAUCGAGAAAAUAUCCCCCGAAAAAGAAGAAGAAAAACAUCUCCCGUUACUACUGGGUGGGACACUUUAGGAACAGCUGUAGAACCUCAGAAUGCCCUGCUUAAGAAGAAGAAGAGGAUAAGGCAAGACAGAGUAUUAAGCCCCAGAUGGUUACAUUGAACCCCUUAAGUUGUAUUACAUUUCAUGAUUUCCUAAUAAAGACAGAGUCACCUGAAUUAAUUUUGUCUUCAGACCUUUUUUAUUUCUACAUUUUAUAACAAUCUUUAAACAUUUGUAGCGAACAAACACUGUGAUUAAAAUGAGUGUCUUUAUGACGUCUCUCACACCUCUGGUAUUUUUUCACAAAAUUCGUUACAGCAGCAUCAUUUUUUAUCACAUCAUCUUGGUAUAAAGAUAACACAUUUUCGUAAGACAACCCGGACGCUCUUUUGCAUAGAUAAAAAACACAGUGUUGACCACAGGCUGUAGACAUGACAUUCUGAAGUUGCCGGUUAUGGUAUAAAAUAGUUGCACAUUGUGUUUCUAGAAAUUGCAGGAUGCUUUUAGGAUAAUGACUAAAAUCGGGGGGAAAUCCGAAAGAAUCAAAAAAAGUUCCUUCCCCUUCCUCUAAAGUCACUGCUAGCCAGUGUUAUCCGGGCAUGUGGGAGGGGUGGGUGUUGACAAUCAUGUAUACAGGGCAUCUAAAUAAUUGUUUUACUCGGGGUAGCUGGUCUGAGGCCCAUACCCCCCCAAAAGAACCACCUAACAUAUUCUGCAUGAGACUAUCCAGUUGGUGAUUAUUCAUGUUGUAGUCUUCUUAGUAAUAAUCUACCAGCACUUGUCGUUUUGAAUUAAUCUCCAGAAUCGAAUCAAAACAAGAAUAUACGAUUAAAGUGGUAGUCUGUGGCAGCGGUACUCUGAACCUCAUUUCCAGUCUUAAACUACCGCUUGUGAUGGGAGAUAAGGCAUCGGCAUCUUCAGCAGCAGUUAAAUUAAACACAAAUAAAGAGUAUCCUUGUUCGAAAUCAUCUCUGUCUAUACUUAGAGGCAAGUCUUUCAUGUGUCUCCCUGUAGCAGUUAACAUGUUGUAAAACUCUCUGACUGACGACCCCCGGUUAAAUUGGGGUUGAAAUGCUUUGGCUGGUACUUGUCUCCCGUCCUGACAUAAAGCCAGGUACUCCAUGUCGUUAUGAAUGAAAUUAAACGGUGAAAGCUCUCUCCUGCCGGUGAAGGCUUCGUGAUUUACCAUACCCAAUACUAGGUACUUGGGCAUAUUACCCAAAAAGAGAUUUUCUUGGUUGCAUAUUCUAGAAUUAACCGGUAUACUAUAUGUCUUUAGAUUCACCCGUGACAGGGGGUAGAGGGCGUUACCUCUCAGCAGAGCCGCAGCAUGCCCCAAACGCACCGCAGGAGUGAUUGUGGCUUUUUUGAUAAAAAGUGAAGCCCCCAGUAUUUUUAGACGGUAUGUAGAGUCAUUUGCACACAUGAGAGUAAAGGCAUCGUUAGAUCUGGUGAGUUUGAUUCUCAAAUCUACAGAGUUCAGGAGAAGCCUCUCGCUGAAGAAUAUAUCCGUGUGUAAAGCACCCAUCAAAUGGAGCUCCCUAGAUUCUGCUGUGAAUGAGGCCCUCUUUACCAGCCCCUUAUUUGGUCCAUUGGCUGUGACUAUAGAGUCCAAAGACCCCGCGGUGUCUUUAUAAAAUAAGCCGGCUGUGAACUGAGUUUUUAAAGUAGAAUCAGAGUAAUUCAAUAGCGUUUCAAUAAUCGCCCUGUAAGGAUGAGUCGAACUGGAUUGAGAAAUUAGUCUGUCCCCUAGAAUAACGUCGCAUUGACUAAAAAUUGUAUUCAGAGGGUAAUUAACUAGGGCGACGGGGGCAUCAGCUGCCAGAUUAGUCCCAUCUGCGUUGGUUAUUUUGAUCCUGAGAUGUAUCAAGGUGUCAUUCAUAUCCAGGUAUUUAUCUCCGUCCCCGGGUAUAAAAAAUUCUAUGGGUCCGUCCUCUGUAAUGGCAGACAGUGGAAGGACCUCUGUGUAGUGUUUUUCGUCGAUAGAGAGUUGUGUCAUCGGAGCUGAAAAUAAAUCCAGCUCUGCCAUGCUGCAUUCAGCAGAUUUGUGAUGUAAAAGGGCCAUAUUUAACACGCUAAAAUAUAUCUCUCCCCAAUACGUUCCUUCUCCGAGGGUGUUUUUUCCCUAAUGAUUUUCUUUUGACUGUGUGUUUUCCUUUCUUGACACCCCUCGGAACCCGUUUGCCUGGAGGUCUCUUCCGGGCCAUUCUUGCCAAAACCAUCAGACCACCUGAUCCUUCUUGAGAUCCGGGGUCUGAUUGGGGGCCGAAUCUAUGGACAGCCUUACUGAUAACAUCUGAUGCAAUAUUUUUGGCCGCCGAUUUCAGAUGAGGUUUAGCUAUGGCGAACCCUUUUCUCACCAGGGGGGCGACAAAACGAAAUAAUCUGGAAAAUAUAGAGCCAAUGCCUCGCCCGUACAUUACCGGGGCACCAUAAAAACCAGGCAGAGAUCCCCCCGCUUGAUUUUCAUAGUAACUCACAAAACGUUGGGGGUCUUGAUGAAUCAUCGUUUUGAGGGGCGGAAAUGAAGUUUCACUACACUUUUUCCGUAGGUGAACUUUACUGGUUUGUUCUGGUCGUUUUUUAUUUCUAUCUGUAUAUUCUCGAUGUGUGUUUUUGUUACCGGCAAGUAGUAUGCAGGAUUAAAAUACUGAGUUACUGUAUCGCCGAAUGUUCCUCUUAUAUCUACGGUUCUCAAGAGAGGAGCAAAAGCGUCACCUACCCGCUGGUGACUGACCACAUUGCUAUAGCAGUAUAGAUGUGUUGAGCCAGCAUUUAUAUCCGCUGGAUAGGCAGCUGAUUUAUUAUCAAAUUUGAGCCACUGGUCUGGUUGUAUUCCAAGCAUAUAGGCGACGGUUUUUGGAAAGCGGAAGCGAUAUUGAGCCCCUCCUAGAAAUUCGAUUUUCCUGUUAAUUGGACUAUAGUGUAAACUGACAUCAGGGUCAAUUUUUUUUAAGCAGGACUCAAGUUCCUCUAUGAGCUGAGUUAUGCUACUAUAGUAACCAGCUCUAAACAUAUGAAGCCUUAACUUGCUAGUUGGGGAUAUGUCAGGGAGUUUUGCUUUCUUUAUCCACUCAAAAAAGGCUGCUUCCGUAGGUACGUUAUACCAGGUGUGGGGGUAUGAUAUUUCUGUCAGGGCGACCUGCCACGAACCAUCCAAGUGUAAAGGUUGUGCUAGGUUCACCUGAUAGCUAGAGCUUGUAUUGUUUUGAAAUACCUCCAGGCUGUCAUUAGACGGCAGCGUAAUGUAGAACCCUUCAUUUAUCUCCAUGGUUGUAAUGAAGGACUGAGCUUGAUUCUGAUUGCUUUUAUACAUCUUGGAUUUCGCCAGCAUCAACCCAGCUGUUGAAUUUUUCGGGCCAAUUAUGCCAAGAUACAAACAUUUGUUUUUUCCCCCUCACCACACGCCUUUUUAGAAUUUUCUCGACUUGAAAAGCCUUGUCAUUAGUUGUCUUAACUUUUUGUAACUCUUUCUCAUAAAAAGUACCCUUGAUCUCUUCUCCAUCAUAAUCUUUGAGCUUAUAAACAGGUGGCUGUCGAGGUAAGCCUUCAGACACCGUAAAUAAUUCGUUCGUAUAACUCUGCUCAUAUUUUUUAUCGAAUACUCCUCUCAAUUUGGAUAUCCUUACAAGCUCCCCCUCCUUAAAGUUCAUUUUGACAGCAGCUUUUUUACGAAGGCUGGAGGGGUUAUAUAGAUUCCGAAACACUUGAGCCGCAUUUUCCUUGGUUACCUGCAGUGGCGUAAUUUUAAUACUUCGGUGAUAACUAUUAUUGUAACUUUCAAGUAGUUCGGGUAAGACGUCUAUAUAUCUAUGAGUGUUUUUAGCUGUAAAAUACCUCCACAUUUUAGUUUUCAGCGUACGGUUAAAUCUCUCUACCACGCAUGCCUUCAUAUCACUGGCGGUUGCAUAAUGGGCUAUACCUCUUUUCUUCAAUAAGUUUUGAAAAACUUUAUUAAAGAAUUCUUUCCCCGCAUCUGUUUGUAUCUUUUUAGGGAUCUCACUGUGUGUUAAAAUUGUAUCAAAGGCUUUGGCAACAUCUAUACCCGUCUUCUUCUUUAAGGCCUGAGCAUAGGCUUUUUUAGAAAAUACAUCUACGACUGUUAACAAAUAAUUAAAACCAUCAUUAUAUUCGGACAGCGACUGCAUAUCGCAGAGAUCUGCUUGAAAUUGCUGCAGCGGUCUGAGUACGAAAACUCUGUUUCUUACAAAAUGCACCCGAGCCGGCUUGUGCAAAGUAUAUGCGUCCUGCCCCGAUAAGUAUUCCCUGACUUUCUCUACAUUUAUUUGUUUACCCAUUUCAUUCUGUACAGCUCUAUGGAGUUUGUCCACACCUCCUAAACUCCCUGGAUUAGAAGGUGUGUAAUACACUUUAUGCAUCGCACGUUUCUCAGACAUGUUUCCUGUUACACCCCGUUGAGGUAAUGAGUACAAAAGUUUUUCUUGCAAAUCAUUUUAUUGAUAUGUCACACAUGUAUCAAAAAAAAAAACAUGUUAAAAGAAGUAAAAUAUAAAACAUACUUUAACGAAAAAAGUAUCAAAUUUGUUUGUCCUACUGCUGCCAAAAGACCCAGGCUGCUCUUAUGGUCUUCAGACGGUUCUCGUCGUUGUCUAUCAACUGGUCGUACAUUUUCUCCAUUUUAGCUUCAAAGAGUCUGGUGUUUCUGAGAUUGUGCAGAAUCGCCUCGGUAGCUCCAAGGACUCUCCUCUCUGACACAUGAAGCUGGCUUUUGUGCAGAGCAUCCCGAAUGGCUGGAAUGAAACAAACGGUCCACAGUCUCUUUAACACCUCGUCAAAAUUGAUGUUCAGAAAGUAAUCUCGGGUCGGCAACAAACACUCGUGCUGCCUCUGACUGGGGUGAGCGAUUUGACAUCCGUUGCAUGUUUCCUCUUUAUAGAGUUAAACGACCCUAUCCAGCAGAUGGGCUACAACAGCUUUUACCGUAUUCAGGAAUGAUGAAGUCCUUCCACGUUCUGUAUCAGGAACCACUGGAACACACGUAUAGCAUGACAUGUCAACGCCUUCUGCUGCACAUUCCCCUGGAGAGUCGGAUGGAGGUUGAGGCAUAUCCAUCCAUCCCGUGAUAUCGAUGCCCGCCAUAUAGUUGUCGAGAUCUGGUGUCCAAAUUGUUGGUGAGGAUGGUGAUCCUGGAGGCGUUUGAUCCAGGCUGCAGCUCGCGGUGAUGGAGUUGUUGUUUUUCAGAUCCAUGGCUGUUGUUGAUCACAGACCGUUCUUGAUGGGUCCUUCGUUUUAAA